UCAACAUAAUAAAUUGUCUGCAGUAUCUGUGCAUUGCGUGAAAACCACCACAACAGACGCUUCCUAGUUUUGAUAUAUUUUGAUAGGGAUUUACUUUUGACGCGCCGCUCGCGUCCGGUGGACAGAGCGUUCAGUUUAGGUUUGAAUUGAAAACUGCACGUUUACAAAUGCCAUAGCAACCGAGCGGUCACCUCUUUAUUAUACCGCUGCCGUAGACGUUAUUUUUCUGCGCGAAUGUGGAGUUAGCAGAAGGCUGUGCUGCAAUCGCUGGAUAUUGAACACCAUGAUGUGCGCCCGAAGAAGAGUUGCAAAGCAAUGAUGUCAUAGUUUUAAGUAGGAGCCAUGGGAGAGCAUAUGGUUCGUACCCGCUACCGAAAGGAAGUGUUGCUUUGUUAUGAGCAGGCGGCGCUGUAGCUGGCGGAAGAGGAGGUCGCCCAGCCCAGUGUCUCUUCGCCUGGAAUAGAGAAGCCGAGGAGAAGACGCGAAAACGGUGAGAAGACAAAGCUGCUACAAUGGCCGCGAAAUCCGACGGGGUGCUGAAGAUGAAGAAGAGCGAUGUAGCAUUUACGCCUUUGCAGAAUUCGGAUCACUCGGGUUCGGUUCAAGGGCUCGCUCCGGGAUCGCAGCCGGAUUCUGGAACCGGAGAGGCGGACUUCGUCAACGGGGAGUCGCGGUGCUGUGGCUCAAAUUCGACAUGUCUCCGCCUCGGCAGGGAGCAGCAGAAAUACACGGUUUGGGACUGUCUGUGGAUCCUCGCCGCAGUGGCGGUGUAUUUCGCGGAUGUGGGCACUGAUAUUUGGCUUUCGGUCGACUAUUACCUCCGCCGCGACUACUGGUGGUUCGGGCUUACGCUGUUUUUUGUGGUGCUCGGCUCGUUCUCCGUGCAGGUCUUCAGUUUCCGCUGGUUCGUCCAUGAUUUCAGCACCGAGGAGAGCUCCGGCGGCGGCGGCGGUGGCAGCGCGGCGAGCUGCUCCCACAUGGACGGCAAGCUGCUCAGCUGCUCCGCUUCGCACGGAGACGUCGGAGCCCACCCGACUACGCCUCAAAGACAGGCGUCCACAGCGAGCAAGAGCAACACCACAAGCAACAGCAGCAACAGCGCUACCGCAGCCCGGACUAGUAAGACACGCUCAGCGUCCUGUUCCCUCUGUAUCUGGCUGUUGCAGUCCGUCAUUCACAUCCUACAGCUCGGACAAAUCUGGAGGUACUUCCACACCAUCUAUCUGGGCAUCAGGAGCAGGCAGAGCGGAGAGAAUGACCGCUGGAGGUUUUACUGGAGGAUGGUGUACGAGUAUGCGGACGUCAGCAUGCUCCACCUUCUGGCCACGUUCCUGGAGAGCGCACCUCAGCUGGUGCUCCAGCUCUGUAUCAUCAUACAGACUCACAAACUCCAGGCUGUGCAAGGGAUGACAGCGGCUGCUUCCCUGGUGUCACUGGCCUGGGCUCUGGCCUCCUACCAGAAAGCCUUGCGCGAUUCCCGCGACGACAAGAAACCCAUCAGCUACCUUGCCGUCAUCAUCCAGUUCUGCUGGCACUUCUUCACCAUCGCUGCUCGCGUAGUGACCUUCGCUCUCUUCGCCUCUGUGUUUCAGCUCUACUUCGGCAUCUUCAUCGUGCUGCACUGGUGCAUCAUGACCUUCUGGAUCGUACACUGCGAAACCGAAUUCUGCAUCACCAAGUGGGAGGAGAUCGUCUUUGACAUGGUGGUGGGAAUCAUCUACAUCUUCAGCUGGUUCAACGUGAAGGAGGGACGAACCCGCUGCCGUCUCUUCAUCUAUUACUUCAUGAUCCUACUGGAGAACACGGCCCUGAGUGCGUUGUGGUACCUGUACCGAUCGCCGCCCAGCACGGACGCCUUCGCCGUGCCUGCCCUGUGCGUCAUCUUCUCUAGCUUCUUCACCGGCAUCGUCUUUAUGCUCAUGUACUACGCUUUCUUCCAUCCCAACGGGCCACGGUUUGGCCGCUCGGCCAGCCUGGUUCAGCUCGAGGACCCUACCGCUACCUUCACCCUUCCCCCCGAGGGCGCCACCAACUCUCUGCGCUCCAACCGCGGAGGUACACUAGCCAGGGACGCUGACCGCGAGGCCAAGUACAGCGAGCGGGACGGUUGCGUGCCCGUCUUUCAGGUGCGGCCCACCGCACCAUCUACUCCUUCCUCCCGUGCCCCGCGCCUGGAAGAGACGGUCAUCAAAAUAGACUUGUGCAGGAACCGCUACCCUGCCUGGGAGAGGCACGUACUGGACAGGAGUAUACGUAAAGCCAUCCUGGCCAUCGACUCGUCUCCGACCCCACCACGCCUCCAAUACAAAGACGACACAUUGGUUCAAGAACGUCUGGAGUACGAGACCACCUUGUAGCCUGCGCUGUGGAAACACACAAACAUUAACACAUUUCUGUCCACUUGAAUAAACAGCAGGACUGUGGCAAUAACGUUCCUUGCAUAAAUAGCAUCUAGCCAUGAUGUUGAUUGUCAUGGACAAGCAAAUAUAGGCACAACAUAUUUGUGGACGAAUGAAAUAAUCAAUCUUUUUUAAGCCGUUCUCUUGUUGCUUUUUAUUUUUUAUUACUUCUGUCUUGUCAGGGAAUAUCUGGGUUUCUAAAAGUCAUUGCACUGGCUGAUAUAGAUCACAAACCCCUCAGUCCACCUCAGUGUUGUACAGACCUUCAUUUCCAGAGUUGACUGUCCUCGAGACAACAUCUCUUGCGAGAGGACAUCCAGAACACUUAAUAUGUUGUCUCCUGGAGCAAAUACAAAACUUUUCCCUUUGAAUUCAAGCAUCCGGUGCACACAACAGCAUUUAAACCAACCGACUACCCACCGCACUGGAGAAACAGUGGUCUAAGUAUCACGUCGAUGGUACACGAAUAAAAAAAAUUGCUGAUUAGACUCGAGACGUUCUUGUUUAGGGUGCUGUAACCUAUUAGUAGUGUUUCAUCAGCAGUUCUGUACCAGUGCCAAACGCUACACUCACACUGACUUCACGCUGAACUGUGGCUCGACCACAAACUGUAAAUAUAAACAGGGCAGCAUUUCAACCAUCUACUUGAAUCCUGUACAAAGACAAGAAAGUAUGCGAUCACCACAAGAGUCCAAGCCACUUGGGAUGACAAAACAGGGAGAACACUCUCGUUUUCUUCUUCGCGAGAAGACAACAGGCCAAGAAAACACUUCCUGGCAGCUCCCUUUGGCGAUCCGGCCUCAUAUGCCUCACCGCUGUGGGCUGACAAGGAUCCGUUUGGUUCACAGCAAAGUGGGGGGCAAAGACCAUCACAGUUCACACAGUGUCCGCCAAACUGUACUCGACAGAACCUGGAUGCGCUUCAUCUUCGAGGUUAAAGAUACAGUGUUCUUCUAGGCUGGUCAGGUUUUGGUGUGUGUGUUUCGCGUGUUGUAAAAUGAGUCAAAGGCGCACUUAUGGACAAUAAACGGGGUCACUUUUCAGCAUCUCAACACAUCCGGAAAGCUGGCAAAGGCUACUAUUCCAAACUCUGCAGUGCAAUCAAGACUUUCUCAAUGGGGCUCUUCAAUUGCCAACUCAUGGUCUACAAAUCAAUGUGUCAGGGAUAAGUAGUGCUCCGAAUGACGCUCCCAGCUCUACGGUUCUACAGAUCACAUUUGCCUAAAAGAGCACUGUAUCUUUAAAUUAGCCAAAAGCAUCCUUUAUAUAUGAAAGUGUUGGAGUUUUAAACUUUCCGUUCAGUUGCAAGUGCUUCUUUGUGUCUUUAUGUCGAUAUCCGAAGGCAUUUAUGGAAACGUGGAGGUGAGGGUGGGAAAAUAAAAAAGAAAUAGAAAACGAGCACAAAACUUGUCAAAGAAAGGAGUCUCGGCACAAUGAAGGAUUUCUUCGGUACUUGCGUUGAGAGACAAGGUGAAAUCUAACUGCGACAGAAACUAGUUGUGCCUGUUGUGGAUAGUUUGCGAAAAGCGUGGGGAAAAUGUUUUGUGUGUAACUUUUUUUUAUACUCCAUUUUCUUUUGUUUUUGAUGGAUUUUAAACACGUGUCUUACAAAAUUGUUGAUUUUAAGGUGCACAUUAUUUUGCUUAAUGCCAUUUAACUGUGUGGAGAAGACGACUGAUAUAGGACAGAUUCGUUUUGCUUCAGUUGGUCAUAUCUGAACUGCAAUUUGGGUUUUAUUGUAGCUUUGAAACACUCCUGAGGUGUUGUAAUGCCAUACCAUCAGUGGCAAAUGACCUGAAAGCGUAGAUGAAGAUCCUAAUUGUGUUGCAAAUAAAAAAAGAAAAUAGAACAGAAAAAAAAAAACAUGAUUUAGAAGAGAUCGUAUGAAUCUAUAACCAGUACCACAGUGAAACGUAGACCUGUAUAUUUUAGCUAUUUUGCUACUUUCCUAUCUCGUCAGCAUUUUUUCCCCCCCGACGUGUCUUAUACUUUCAUUUCUCUGUGUGAUGGAUGAUGAUGAUACUUUGUCUCUUGGCAAAAUUCUCCAAACAGCCUUCUAAAAGAGUCCCCUGUAGUCAGAGCACAAAAACUUGUGUUAGCACACUAAUUAGGCAAUUUUCAUAUUUAAAUUGCUGCGCCACCUACGCAAGACCAUUUUUGAAGAAAGGCCAGUGAUGUAUCGCACACACUGCGAUAUUACGUAUCCAUCAUUUUCAAAAUCAUCCUACGUUUGUUAGCAUUCCCAUAAUACCAUGAUAUUUUUGUUUCAGUGAUACCCCAAGCACACUGCGUUUUGGUUCAUUUGAUUAGGAGGAGCAUCCAAAUGGCAACACUUGCUGUGUCAGUGGGUUUUACUGACAUUCUUCUUUAUAUGGUGCAAAGUCUCAGUAAUUUGAAAUAUGACAUGAAUUUAAAACACUCAAUGCAAUGCGAUGCGUUCAGCACAUGCAGAAUGAAUCAAGGUCUUUACACAAAAGGUGUGUAGAUGUUUGGAGAUGCCGAAAAGCCUGUUUUAAUGGAAUAUUCCCAACACAUGCCAGAUUAUUGAUGAUAAUGAUAAUACUAUUAGUCAAAAUGAUUAGACAAGUCUUGCAUGCGUCACGAGAAGUUCAGUCAGAUCAGUUAAAGAGUGACAUUUCGAUGAAAAAAGAAAACGCUUAGAGAGUGAAUUUUAAUUUUCACUGUAAUAAUCUGGCAGGGGUUUGGAAUUUAGCUAGCAACUAUAUCAAGAAAGCUAAGAGCUAGUCACGCAGUUUACGUGGUGGAAGAACAAGAGUGAAAGCAUUUAAGCUAGUCAUAACGUUACAGCUAAACUAUGUAUGGUCUAGUUCUAUUUUUCUAUCUGGGUUUCCUCAAUAAACCUGGAGAUAUCAUAGUCAUUUCUUCGCUCUGGAAAAACUUAAUUCAUACCUGUAACCUACCUCAAAGCGGUAUUUUAAACAGACCACUCUCCAGCUCUAGUUGUUGAUGUGGCUGAUGUGAAAGAAUUUAUUGCGACGGAGUCCCGGUGGACGAGCGGAGGAGUUGAAGGCUGCUCUGUUUAUUACCGGUACAUCAGUAAAGCCGAGUUCAAAAGCAGGACUUAUUUUACAACUAUUCACAGCAGGAAAACAUUCAAUUCAUGCAAGCUGAUUCUGUUUGAUUUGCCUUAAACGACGCUCGCCUUUUUGUGGAUUCAUUAUUCGUAAGUGACAUUUUCUGUUUGUUUCUUUUGGCUUGGUUUUAGUCAUGCACACGAUGCUCCGGUUGCUGUCAUGCUAGUAUGACGACGUUGCAUUAUUGAUUAGCGUACUUACUGUGCUUAUACUGCAAGCAGAUAAAAAAAGAAAGCAGACUGAAAGGAAAUUGCAUAUGCAGACAAACAAUCAAAAUGACGACCCAUAGAGGUCACGGGCCGUACUGUUACAAGAUUGUGAGCAUUUAGCAAAAACCGACUGACUCGGAGAGCUGAAAUGAACCGUGGCACUUGUUUUAUUUAUUUUAUUUGAUUAUUCAUCGGAGAAGCUUGUCGAACAAACAAAUUGAUGAUACUCCCUCACCUGUAGACUUAGAUAACGUUACUUAGAUAAACUAGAAUGCCAUAGAUGGGGGGGAAAGAAAUUUACAUUUAGAUAAAUGAUAAUCGGUGGUUAUUUAUAAAGCACGAUAUUAGUACAAGCACAGUAAUUGAAUGAACUCGGUUCAGCGUUCAGAAAUGAUGUACAGACUUUACUGGUAUUUCAGUUCCAACGGAAGUUCCAUAGUGACUUGCAAAAGGCUAUUUAACUGUAAAUAAAUGUAUGCAAAUGUACAUGUGUAAAAGAACAUUCCUCUCUGAGUCCUGGUCGUGAAGGGUGUCUAUUGACUAGAGAUCGGCAGUUACAUAUGACAUAAUACAGAUAAAAUCUAGUGUGGUGUAUGUGAUGUAUUAAAUGACAUAAAAAAAGCAAAAAACAAAAACUGUUUAUUAUUGGUCUCUUAAGUAAGUUGUAUCGUGUGAUGAAAGUCUGAAGUGCGUAAAAUGCAUCAAAUCUGUUAUCUGAUUUUAUUGUAAAUUGAAGAGUAAAAACAAAAAGAACGUUACAUUUUUGUACAUAUUGGAUUUUUGUAAAUUUUUAUUUGAUUCUAAUGCAACACAAAGUACCAAAUUCAUUUAAUAAAGUACACUGUGGUCAUUUUA